CACUCGAUAAUGUGACUAAAAUCUAAGGUUACUAAAGUUACGGUUUUUAUCUGUAUGUAUUUUCAGAGGUUGCCGUUUCAAGGGUGGCUUUACAAGAGAUUGGAUCUUGUACAUAUUCAGUCUUUUCUGUUUUAUUCAACGUCCAUUACUAAUUCGUUGGAUACUGUCUCUGUAUAUAAUGAAAAUGGUCUACCUAAAAUUAUCAUCCCAUUGCCUUCUAGACGAGAAGCAUGUUCUUUUAUUCUCAAACCAUUACAACACACAGUUGGGGAUUUAUCAAACUUUAUAAAAUGUGAAGAUAGUGGCGUCGAUCGAAUAACAUUUUUUAGUGAAGAUGGGACGAGGAUCGCAAAAUCAAAUUCGAUUUCCGAUCUACUUACUUCUGAUUUUCACAUAAUUAUCAAUGACCAAAAAUACCAUGUAGAUACGUCGUCAAUCUCAAAAUACAUCAAGAUAACUGAACAUUUUGAUUGGAUUAAAGCGUUCAUUGAACAGGUUUUGUACGUAGCUCGUGACCACCAUCGAUUUUUUCCUGUUUAUAUGAACCAAUAAAAUAAAUACUUCGCAUAAAAGAUAGUUAUUAUUUAGUGAGAGGUAGUGGUUCGUUAAAAUAGGAGGUGGGGUGUAUCUUUAAUCACAUCAGCUUAUGGGAAAUCAAAUAAAUCAGUUGAUUAUUAAUUGUAUCAAUUUUAAGAAAGGAUGUGAACAUAAAGUGAUUCACAGUUGAAGAAAAGAAUCGUGCUACCAGGUAAAAUCUAGCUAAAUCUCCGGAUUGCAAAUUGUGAUUUUUAUAUCUAAGAUAAUUCACCAUACCAAUCAUACUGUUUAACGAAAUUAACUUAUCAUUGUGUAUCAAUGCCAAGGUUGGACAUGAUUUUAUUUUAUUUGAACACAUAAAUAUUGGUACAAAGGGGAACCGAAUACAUAUGCUCCACACACGUCACGUGAUUUGUGUGUGGGCUGUGAUACUACCCGGGUACCCAGACCGAAGCAGGUAGUUUUCUUAGAGGGUGACGCCCGGAGCCUUCGACCUAAAGUCUGAUCCACAAGGCACUGGAGCAACAUCAAGAGAUAGUUCCAAAUAAAUUGAGGAUUGGGUAGAAAGUUAAUAAUAAAUGUAUUUUCUGUCACAUCCCAAUCAGUAUAAAAAUCGUAUUUUUGACGUUUCGUGACUUAGUAGAAGACGCUUCUUCAGAGCACACAUUUUUAUUUACUCCGAAGAAGCGUCUCAUAUUAGUAUCAAUAAUUCAAACAUUCAGGUAGUAAUUUAAAUAGUUAGGGUGCUAUCUCUCCUAUCGUACUAGUGAUAUAUCUUUAACUUCCGUUAGUAUAUUUCAACAUAGUCGACAAAUCAUAUGAUUUGUCCUUUUUUAAGCUUUCUGUCAGAACAACAGAAAACGAAGUGAGCUGUGACAUGUCUUUUGAGGUUACUAUACAUCAUCUACGUGACUAUGCAAGCGAAAUGUGAAUAUCACAACGUACGUGAAUUUAUGGACUAAAAUAAGUAUAUAACUAAUGUAUUGUUAUAACAAAACUAGAGUACAUUUAAUAAAUUUGUAUUCCUAAACAGUAAAAUAUAACUAUAAUUUCGCACAGUUGUCUAGAAUUAUCGUGCUCUUCAAGAGAGCUGAAAGACCUUGACUCAACCACGUUUAGGGUCGUCAUAACAUACUCUUGGAGGUUACACCUUCGGAUGAAACACUUUUCCAAUGCUCCCUGGCUUCCAAUAGAUCUUCAGUUGGUUGAUUUUAGUUCGUAAUGAAAACCGUCUUCAGAAUGAAUUUAUCUGCAUGAACCAUCUAACAUGAUAAAGUUUCCAUUUUCAAACUAGGAAUUUUAAUGAUUCUCAAAAAAUCACUUUCAUAAUGAAGUACUGAAAGAAAUCCAAAGUUUUGACUUUUUAAUGCCAAAUUUGAAUUAGUUUUUUGAAGGGAAAAUUUUAACGGUAUAGUAUUGUGAAAAAUAAUAAUAGUACGUUUCUAAAAAGAUUGAUUUAUAAGUUAUUUCAUGUAGAAGCUUAUCAAUUAGUUAUGUCUUGCAACUUGAACUUCUUUUGUUUGAAUUUACAAACAGAAAAAAGAUGAUAUAAAGUGAUUAUAAAAUAUUUUUAGAUUUCACUCACACCAUAUAUACAUUACAUCAGCUGACUUUCAAGUGUAACAUAAUUAUUGUUUCUUUUUAACUGAUAUUUAAAAAAAAUAAUGUAGGUUCAGCUGGUCAAAUAUCUUUUUAUUUUUUGGUCAAUACUCACCAUUAUUAACCUCCUCAGAGAGUAAAUUUACUGUAUGCAUUAGAAUGGAAUUUUCAUGUGAAUAAAACAUAGUUUUAGACAUUGCACCUAUAAUAUUACUGUUUUAAGUCACAUACUUUGAACAUUAUUUUUUAAUAUUUUCAGUUGAUUGAAAUUUUAAUAAUCACAUUUUCCAAUAUUAUAUUGGCCAAUUGAAGCAACUAACUUGACUAUAAAGGUUUUUCAGCGAAAUAUGAAUCAGUUAAAUAUAAAAGAAUAGCUGUCCAUCAUAAUUUCAAACUUGAAAUUAUUGACUCAUGGUUUGACCUUGUUCAAUCACGAAUACACUAAAACUUUUAUUUAAUUUGAAACGGUUAAAAAUAGUUCUGACAGUGACAUAUUGUCAGUUUCAAUAAAUGCAUAUGAAAAGUGUUUUUAUCCCCGUAAGCAUAAGAAAUCCCUAAGUUUUAUUCAUAUUUACAAAACCGUUUCUAAAAAAUAUGUAAAUCAGCGUCUUGCUGUAACUACUUUUUAAGAACAACACAUAUUCAUUAUAGGUAUUCAUGAUGAGUUCGAUUACACUUCUCGGGGUGGAAGUAGGUGUAGAACCAGAAUUACUAAAAUUGCGAUACAUUCUGUAUAUCUCCUACCAUUGUUUCGUCACAUGCUGAAAUCUGGCAGUAAAUUAAGCUAUAACUAUUCAGUUAUAACAGCGGUACUAACUAAACAAAGUUACACAUAAUAUGUAGAAUUUACAGGGAUACCUAGACAGUUUUUAUAUUGCAGAUAUACCAUUCUAUCUAAUACCUAGUACAUUUGGGAGAAUCAAAUGAGCAGUGAGUAUAAGUUUCCUAUCAAGCAGAGAACGGUAUUCUGUACCCCGAAAAUUAGUACAGUCAAAUUUUCAAACAAAACAAAACGUUUUUGUUAAGUAAGAAACUUAGUUCUAUCCACAAUGGAUAGAUCAAAUCCAUCAACUUAAUGGCAAACAGAUAAUGAAAAUGGAAGCCAAUAAAUAUAAAGUAAAACAAAAUUAAACCAAUCAGUAAAAACGAUACAAAUAAAGCAAUACAUUGAAAAAACAAUGGUAAGUAAAAUGAAUAAUAAUAAUAUUCUCUAAAACCAAAAUGAACAAAAUGCUCACUAAACCAAAAUAUUGAGAACAGCUACCUUACCUUUUAAAUGAAAUAAAGCGUUAUUGUCAAUUGUAGGGUACACAUAGUGGGACUACACACAUGCAUACAAAGAAGGCCUUACACUAGGUGUAAUAUUUUUAAUCACAAUCACUUUUGAUAUUAUAAAAGGCCUAUGAAGCCCGUAUUAUAGAUGUUGUUUGUCAGUAAUUGUUAAGUGUACAUACUUGAUGUUUUUCAGGAAUUCUAAAUGUCUAUUUAUCAUAAAUGAUUACCUUAUUUACUGCACUUCUAACAAAUUCUGAUUUUUUCUCCACAGCCUCCCAGUUUACUGCAUUGCCGAAAGAUUUAGCAAACGUUCGAGAACUAAUCUCAAAACUUGCCAAUGCCAUUCAUGUUGAUGAAUUUUAUGCACAAAAGCAACAACAACUUGAGAAAUGUAUAGAAGAUGUGAAUCUGCAAUUGGAACCAUUUGAAAAGGUAUACCAAUUAAUUUGGAUUAAAUAACUGUACUAGAAGUAGUUUUAAGAAUCAUAGUGGAAUAAACAUUACGUCUUAUGUAGUCUAUGCAUGUGUAUAAAUGUCUUUAUGCAUACUAGAUCAAGAUGUAGGAUUUAUUGUGUACUGCUAUCUUAGUAUUAUCACUUAAAUUUUAACUUCAAUUUAAGUAAUGUAAGAUUAACAGGUAUUAGUAACCUGAAAGUAUUAUUUGUCAGUGAAAAUAUCAAAAUAGGAUAUAACCUUAACCCUCUAUUGUUUCUGAGAUAUCUAACAAGUAUGCUGAUUUAGAGAGGGCAGACUAAGAGAUAACACCAGUCUGCUGAAUGACUGACUGGUAGAUUGAGGCGUGUAUGGAGGUAUGGUCUUUUUCAUUGAAGUUUGUCACACAAUCAGAAUCUAUGUUUAAAAAUCUUAGGUGCCGUCUCUUGAAAUCGGUCGCAAUGACUCAGAUGUAUUUAUUUUCCAGAUUCCUCCUGGGCUUUAGACAUAGUAUUAUUCCAUACUUUAAUUCCCUAAUUAUAUUCGUCCUUUUAGAGCUAUUUAGGCUAUAUGCUUAUUUUUCAACUGCUGUUGGACUCAUUUGUUUGACUUCUUCGCUUUACAUUAUGCUAAAUUCUUCUCUCUGUUUUGAUGGGAAGCAUGGAAACCUGGACUGAUGCAUAAUACGUAUACUAUGUUCAAUGUUUAUUAUCUGAAUACCGAUAAAACCUAGUUAGGCAACACAAUUUGCGUUUCCCAUCCUUUCUGUAAUUAUUUAGUUAGAACUGUUCAUAAAUUCAUUAAGUAUUACUCUAAUGCAGUUUUCUUCUCCUUCAUCUAUUUAAAACUGUUAUUCCAUGUUUGAGAAAACUUUCAAUCGGAUGGGAAAAAUAUGCCCUUUUUGAGGGAAAACUUAUCAAUUAUAUUUUUGUGUAGUGAUUUUUGGAAAAAGACUCUAUUCUUGAAAAAGUCCUUUUAUUUGACAAGUAUCUCCGGACAAACAGUGUUUAUUCCGAGGGAAAAAUAAGUUUUCCGUGCCAUUUUUACCGGCUAUCAAAAAUUAAAAUUGCAUUAGUAAAAUUCUCAAUGGUUGGAGUUUAAAAAAUUUAGCAUUCCGUUUGGCAGUCUGGUCCCAGCUUCUUUAGAAGAACAAUAAGAAAAUCGGAGUUAUCUUUCUUACAAACUGAUUUAUCAGAUAGUUAAAUUAUGACAUAAAGUGAACAUCCUCUUUCGAUCCCACUGACAGAAAUCGCUUUUUUCUCUUUUCUAACUAUCAGUAACAACGAUAUUGAAUGAUUUAUUAUGAAUUCUCAUUCAUAAUGUGGGAAAAUAAACUAUGAGUUUGCCAGAUGUAAAGGUUUGAGUUUUCCCGUUGUCUUAAAUUUUGAGAAAGGAAAAUUUUAAUCGUUACAACUAGUGAAUAUCAUACAUAUUGGACAAAUUGGUGUUUAUCAUGACUGAACACCCUUUUGGAUAAUGUUGUGACUUUCUACUGGUACAUGUUGCAUUCAAGUCAGCGUAAACAUCAACGGUAUAUAUAUAUAUAUAUAUAUAUAUAUAUAUAUAUAUAUAUACUACCCAUUCCUCUAACUAUUCAAUUCGAAGAAGAUUGAAAAAUUAUUCUGUCUAAAGCAAACAAGUGAGUAAUUUUCUGAGUAAAUCGUUGAUUUUAUUGUUACCCUUAGGGUACAUUUAAAAAAAGGAUUAGCUUCCUCUAGCGUAUUUUUUAUAAACACUUUUUUCCAAUCAAGAAUCGAACUCAAUUCUCGUUGAAAUACGUACUUCAGCAGAAAACAGUGAAUUAGGAUUAUCAAGUUGUCUGAGGUAAACUGAUAUGGAUUUUAUCUUAACUCAAAUAAAUCAACUAGCCAUAUUAAGCAUCACAUGUGAAAGGUUCUCAAAGUUUGACAAUUAGUAUGUUAUGUAGCAUUUUUUCCUUGCGUUAAUCUUUUAAUAAUUUCUGAUUUAGAAAAAGUCAGUCAUUGCUGUACAAGCAGCACAGCGAACACGUUGGCUUACUUGGCUUGGAUUAGGUGCAAUGGGUAUACAAUUUGGAUUACUGGCAAGAUUAACAUGGUGGGAAUAUUCAUGGGAUAUUAUGGAACCCGUGACAUAUUUUGUUGGUUAUGGAACUAGCAUGGCUAUGUAUGCCUAUUAUGUGAUUACACGACAGGUUAGUUUGAAUGCACCAUUGUGAUUCUUGCGAUCACUUUUGUUGGGAAUCCUGUCAAUUUCAUCUCGUUGAGCCAGCAUACAUCUGCGCCAGGCUCCAUGUUGAUGAUGGAUGAUUGUGAUUAGUGUACUUUUUUACCUGAAAAAAGCGGGUAUUUUGAAUAUAAUCGUAAAAAGUAGAUAAUGUAUGGUUAUUCUUUCAUGCCUUUAAGGAUACAUUUCUUUACUAAAUGCUCAGGUGGACGGGAACCAUGCGUAGUAAUUUCUGUUGGUUUACAAUACAAUAAAUUGAAAGUAAAACUUUACUUAAUGUCGAUUCAACAGUCCGCAGGGUGUAUCAAUUGCUUAUGAUUACACAAUACAGUUAUUCUUCCUUUUCAUUCGUAGAUUAUUAAAUAAUUCAUUUUCAAUGCUUUCCUGAAUUCAUUAAUUCAUUGUUUUAAUUGAGC